UCCGGAUUCUGGAAAAAAACAGGACAACAAACCUUCACAACUCAUGGAGGAAGAUAAUGCCCAAAUACUUGAAAAUGCUCACUCUGAGUUCAAAAGACAGAAUUUCAAACGAGCAGAAGAACUGUACACAACGUUUAUAUCUUCCUGCCUACAGUCCAGGGAGUGUGCAGCGAGUAGUUUGGCCGCUGCUUAUAACAACCGCGGGCAGAUAAAAUACUUCCGGGUGGAUUUUCAUGAAGCAGUGGAGGACUACAGCUGUGCAAUACACGCUGACAGCGGGCUGGAAACACCUUUCUACAACAGGGGACUCAUCCACUACAGACUGGGUUUUUUCGACGAUGCCAAGAGUGACUUCCUGCAAGCGUUAAAGCUCAAUCCAGAUUUUGAGGAUGCCAAAGUGAGUCUGCAGCAGACACACCUGGACCAGCAGCACAAGAUAAACAGAGGAUACUGAUGGCUUCAACAACUAUACACAGUUAUAUAUCCGGAAAUCUUGGGGCUAAAGAAAAUAUUUAUAAUCUGUCAUAUGUUGGCAUUUACCUAAAUUCAUGCACAGCUGUUGUAUUUUGUUUGAUCUGAAGAUGAAGAGUUUGAUACUUUUAAGCAAUCAGCCUGAAGAUAAACUGUGAAAAAAAGUGAAGCCCAAAACAACAGAUGUUCAUUCCUGUCAUGCAGAAACAUUUUCACCUCAAAACAUUUGAAAAAGAUGGAUGUUUUAUGUUUUUUUGCAUCAUAUGAGGAGAGUGACUUGUUAAACAGGCCAGUGUCAGGAACUCAAAUAAUAAUCCUUCUAGUUGGACUGGUGUUUAUAUUUGUAUAUAUUUAUAUUCACAUUGACCUUCUACACAUAAACACAACUUGUUCUAUAUCAGACAUGCUUUAAACAUUUUCAUCAGAUGAACUUUCUGCAUAAUUUAAACUCACGGGGUUGAACUUCAAGAGUCCAUUAUGCAUAUAAAAUAUUGUCCAUUAUGCAUGUAAAAUAUUGUCCAUUAUGCAUAUAAAAUAUUGUCCAUUAUGCAUAUAAUAACACAUGCACACACUCACAAACACACACACACACACACACACACACUCAGACAAACACACACUCACAGGUACAUAUCUUCACACAAGCACACAUGCAGGCACACAGUCAAACUUGAAAGUUAGGCCCUAAUUUUGUAUAUUUGACUCAAAUUGAUCGAUAAUAAUGAGAAAAAUAUGAAAAUUAUAUAUCAAUGUGUUGGUCUUGAGUGGCCAUAAAAGGUGAAUUAAAGAAGUUGGUAAU